ACGUUGUCUGUUUGUGUGCUCGUGGUUUUGCGUGUGUAGUCAAGAGUGCAAAGCUGAAGUUGCUGAGAUCCAUAGAUAAAAGACCAAACAAGCAUGGGAGAUGCCUUGCCUGAAGAACAGAUUGCUGAGUUUCAAGAAGCUUUUUGUCUCCUUGAUAAGGAUGGAGAUGGCUGCAUCACCAUUGAAGAAUUGGCAACUGCAAUAAAAUCAUUGAAUCAAAAUCCAACAGAGGAAGAAUUGCGAAGCAUGAUCAAAGAAGUGGACGCUGAUGGCAACGGAACCAUAGAGUUUGGGGAGUUCUUGAAUCUAAUGGCGAGGAAAAUGAAGGAAAGUGACGCAGAAAAGGAAUUGAAAGAAGCAUUCAAAGUGUUUGACAAAGACCAAGAUGGUUACAUAUCACCUAAUGAGUUAAGGCAUGUAAUGAUAAAUCUAGGAGAGAGAUUGACAGAUGAAGAGGUGGAUCAAAUGAUAAGAGAAGCUGAUUUGGACGGCGAUGGGCUUGUUAAUUAUGAGGAAUUCGUGAGAAUGAUGUGCAUGGCUGUUUGAUCAAAAUCUCCUCUUAAUUUGCCUUUCUAUUAUUGAAUGUAAUCAAACCAUAGAUUAUUAGAUUAUUUGAUGGCAAGAGCCCGAAAUAUAUACCAAAAUGGAACUAUGGUGCUUAAAUGCUUGGUUCUAAGAUUCUAUUUGAAUG